CCGGGAUCUAAAGAUAGAGUUUCUUGCCUGGGACUCCAAAAGCCACCAGAGCUGGAGCCACCAUGGCACGGCAGCACGCUCAGACCCUGUGGUAUGACCGUCCCAAGUAUGUUUUCAUCAAGUUUUGUGUUGAAGACAGCACUGAUGUCAAAGUGCUCCUUGAUGACCACCGCAUUGUGUUCAGCUGCAAGAAUGGUGAUGGAGUGGAGUUGUACAAUGAGAUCGAGUUCUAUGCGAAGGUGAACUCUAAGGACUCCCAGGAUAAGCGCACUGGACGUACCAUUACUUGCUUUGUGAGGAAAUGGAAGGAGAAGGUGGCCUGGCCCCGGCUCACCAAGGAGGAUAUCAAGCCCGUGUGGCUGUCUGUGGACUUUGAUAACUGGAGAGACUGGGAAGGUGACGAGGAGGCGGAGCUGGCACACGUCGAGCAUUACGCAGAGCUUUUGAGCAAGGUCAGCACCAAGAGACCACCCCCUGCCAUGGAUGACCUGGAUGAGGAUUCUGACACCUGAUUCACGUUCUGUGACAGGAGCACUGGGGAAGAGGCUGUGGCUACCUUCUGUAGCUCUGAGAAGCUAUGGUUUGGAAAUUUGCUCUUUUUCUGUGUGCCGAGGUCCACUGAGGUCUCUGAACUUUUUAGAAGUUCUUUAUGAAGAGUCCUCCUUCAGGCUGGCUGUAUGGCUUCUCCUUAGGCAUCUGGGUGUGGGCCUGCACUAGAUGACAGCUUCGAAGUAGGGAAGCGUAGACUCGGGAGCUUCUGACUUCUAAUGUUCAUGUAGAACCUCUGUGCUUGGACCACCUGAUUAUUUUAGCUGAGCAUGUAUGUAUAUGUGGCAGAGAAAGAGCUAAAGACAAAGGAGGUUAUAAUACACAUUUAGAAAUGACUGCUGUUGGGCUCUUUCCUUCUUGUGUGUCUUUUUCCUUAUAGCAAGCCUCUUCUCUCCCAGGAGCUCCUCUCAAAGUGCUGGGUGGGGCUCAGAGAUUCUGGCCUUCUCUGAUGUGGGAAGAACAAAGCUACUAGGAGACUUGAAUACCAGGUCAGCUUGUAUUCAAGCUGAAGCACCCCUCUCACCCAGAUGUGUUUUCCCUAAACCUAGCUACCUCAGCUUCCUGCACACCCUAGAACUUUCUAUACAUCUUCAAAGGAGUUGUUAUCCUAAUAUCUGUAUCUGUUUGCUCUUCCAUUGUCUUCCUCAAACUACU